UUUCAGCAUGACCAUAAACUACCUGUUAAAGAAUUGGUAAAAAAAUAUGAAAGCAACCUUUUAAAAGGUCUGACCAGCAACAGAGCAGCAGAGAUCCUAGCUCGAGAUGGCCCCAAUGUCCUGACGCCUCCUAAGCGCACUCCUGAGAUUGUCAAGUUUUUGAAGCAAAUGAUUGGUGGUUUCUCCCUUCUGCUUUGGAUUGGAGCAAUGCUUUGCUGGACUGCUUUUGCAUUUCAGCUAGCAGAAGGCAAUGCUACAGCCAAAGACAACUUGUAUUUAGGUGUUGUACUUGCUGGAGUUGUCAUCCUCACUGGCUGCUUUGCCUAUUAUCAAGAAGCAAAGAGUACCAAUAUCAUGGCGAGCUUUCAAAAGCUGGUUCCCCAGCAAGCCCUUGUUAUUAGGGAUGGCAUAAAACAACAAAUUACAGCAGAUAAACUGGUUGUUGGCGAUAUUGUGCAGAUCAAAGGUGGUGAUCAGAUUCCAGCAGACAUUCGUAUCCUUUCUGCCCAGGGUUGCAAGGUGGAUAAUUCUUCUCUCACUGGUGAGUCUGAAGCACAGUCUCGAACAGCUGAAUACACACACGAGAAUCCGCUCGAAACAAAGAACAUUGGCUACUAUUCCACUACUUGUCUUGAAGGCACUGCUACAGGCAUGGUGAUCAGCACAGGAGAUCGCACCAUCAUUGGAGGAAUUGCAUCGCUUGCAUCAGCAGUAGAAAAUGAGAAGACUCCAAUCGCAAAAGAGAUUGAACAUUUUGUCUACCUUAUAACUGGAUUAGCUGUGGGAAUGGGAGUUGCGUUCUUCAUCAUUUCAAUAAGUCUAGGCUACAGAAUACUGGAUUCCAUCAUCUUCUUGAUUGGCAUCAUUGUUGCUAAUGUCCCUGAAGGUCUUCUGGCUACCCUCACCGUUAGUCUCACCCUAACAGCCAAAAGAAUGGCCAAGAAGAACUGCCUCGUAAAAAAUCUGGAGGCUGUUGAGACUUUGGGCUCCAUUUCGAUUAUCUGCUCUGAUAAAACAGGAACACUUACCCAGAAUCGAAUGACUGUAGCUCAUUUGUGGUUUGACAAUCAAAUCUACACAGCAGAUACCAGUGAAGAACAGGCAGCGCAGACCUUUGACCAAUCAUCACAAACAUGGACAGCUCUGGCCAAGAUUAUUGCACUCUGUAAUCGAGCGGAAUUCAAUGCAGCACAGGAUGAUGUCCCAAUUAUGAAGAGAGAAGUGGUUGGAGAUGCCUCAGAAAGUGCCCUUCUGAAGUUCUCUGAAACUGUAUUCGGUAACGUGAUGGAAUUCAGAAAUGAAAAUGUAAAAGUAUUUGAAAUACCAUUCAACUCUACCAACAAGUUUCAGCUCUCCAUUCAUAAGACCAACAAUCCAUAUGACAAACGGCUUCUCUUAGUAAUGAAGGGAGCACCAGAGCGUAUCUUGGAGUCUUGUUCCACCGUGAUGCUGCAGGGCAGGGAAGUCCUGCUGAAUGCUGCCGAGAUAGAUGGUAUUCAGACAGCUUAUAUUGAACUCGGAGGACUGGGCGAGAGGGUUCUAGGAUUUUGCCAUCAUUAUUUACCAAGGGACAAAUAUCCAGAUUUGUACAUAUUUGACUCGGAUAACAGGAACUUCCCAAUCUCUGAUUUGUGCUUUGUUGGCCUCUUGUCUUUGAUUGAUCCACCCCGCUCGAGUGUCCCAGAUGCAGUUCUCAAAUGCCGAAGUGCGGGAAUCAAAGUAAUUAUGAUCUCUGGUGAUCACCCGAUCACAGCAAUGGCUAUAGCAAAGAGUACUGGUAUUAUCUCAGCUGAUAAUGAGACAGUGGAAGAUAUUGCAAAGCGUCUUAAUGUUUCAGUCAGUCAAGUGAAUAAAAGGGAAGCCAAGGCUGCUGUUAUAAAUGGUUCUGAAGUCAAAGACAUGAAUCCUGAGUUCUUAAAGGAAAUUUUGAUGAGCUACACUGAAAUAGUAUUUGCCAGAACAUCACCUCAACAGAAACUAUUUAUUGUUGAAGCCUGCCAAAGACAGGGAUCCAUUGUGGCAGUGACAGGGGAUGGUGUGAAUGAUGCACCAGCUCUGAAGAAAGCAGAUAUUGGAAUAGCUAUGGGAAUUACAGGCUCUGAUGCAGCCAAACAUGCAGCAGACAUGAUUCUACUGGAUGAUAACUUUGCCUCAAUAGUCACUGGAGUGGAGGAAGGUCGUCUGAUUUUUGACAAUUUGAAGAAGGCAAUUGCUUACACCCUGACCAAAAACAUGGCAGAAUUGUGUCCAUUCCUUGUUUAUACCAUUGCCAGUAUACCCCUUCCCAUUGGUACCAUUACCAUCCUCCUCAUUGACUUGGGUACAGAUAUUAUUCCAUCUAUUUCUCUGGCUUAUGAGAGAGCAGAAAGAGAUAUAAUGAAUGUCCAUCCAAGAGUCUCUGGUAGAGAUCGGCUAGUCAACUUGCAACUUGCUUCUUAUUCAUAUCUUCAAGUUGGUGUGACACAGUCAUUCGGAGGAUUUCUCUGUUACUUCACUGUCUUGGCAGACCAAGGCUGGCUUCCAUCAAGGAUUAUUGGCAUCCGUGUACCUUGGGAAGAUGCCACUAAUAAUGAUGUUGAGGACAGCUAUGGACAAGAAUGGACGUUUCAGCAGAGGUUGUACGUGGAGUGGACCUGUUACACAGCUUUCUUUGUUGGGAUAGUUAUUGAACAACUUGCUGAUUUAAUUAUUCGUAAAACCCGGCGGAAUUCUAUUUUCCAGCAGGGAAUAUUUGGAAAUAAAAUGUUGUGGAUAGGUCUUCUCUCUCAGAUUUGCAUUGCUGUCCUCCUUUGCUAUAUCCCUGGGAUGGUAGACAGCCUUCAUUUUACUCCUCUCAGGGUUCAGUACUGGUUUGUGGCCUUGCCUUUCGCCAUUGUAAUUUUUGUAUAUGAUGAAAUUCGUAAAUACUUCAUUCGCAGAUAUCCUGGAAGAUCGUGGAAUAAACCAAGCAUUCUACAAUUUGGAGAGAGAAGCAGAAACAUAACUAAAAGAGAACAUACCUGUUGCUACUGUCAUUGUAAAAUACCCAGUGCUUGUUUAAUUGUUUUGUGACAUCAGUAAAAAAACAUUUGAUUAUUA